AUGGCUUUUAUCACCAUGGAUAUCGACGGCCGCGCAGAGCGUCUCUACGGCUAUGUGAUCCCAGGCCUUGAAUUCGAUCUAAUCCUUGGAAAGGGUUGGGCGGAACGAAAUGACGUCGUAUACAAAGCUGGAAAGCGCUUCUUGCAAAUCGGCCGCGGCAACAGUCGCGUGAAGGGCUGGAUCCGCGCCAGCAGUUCACCCGCCAGCGCGCCUGUCCUCUUCAACGACCGUUACCCUUUGCCGCUGAUCCGAGAGACCCUCCGCAACCUCGCCACUGCCCGAUGGUUCACCAAGCUUGACGUCCGCGCCGCUUUUCACAGACUUCGAGUCCGACACGGCGACGAAUGGAAAACCGCCUUUCGCACACGGUAUGGCCAAUUCGAAUGGCUGGUAACACCGUUUGGUCUCACAGGCGCGCCCGCGACCUUCCAGCGCUAUAUCAACUCGCACCUCCACGACCUCCUCGACGAAUUCUGCUCAGCCUACAUGGACGACGUCAUCAUCUACAGCGACGGCGACUACCUUGACCACAUGACCAAGGUCCGUACAGUGAUGGAACGCCUCCGCAAUGCCGGUCUUAAACUCGACCUCGAAAAGUGCGCUUUCGCCGCUAUUCGUGACUGGGAGGCGCCCACAACAGUGACAGGUGUCCGCUCUUUUCUUGGAUUUGCUAAUUUCUAUCGGGAGUUUAUCGAGACUUUCGCAGCUGUCUCUGAACCCCUCAAUAACCUUACCAAGAAGUUGACCAAAUGGAAUUGGGACGCUUCAGCGCAGAACGCCUUCAACAAGCUCAAGGAACUCCUCAUCACCUCACCCGUCCUCGCGAUGUUUCACUCCGACCGCGAGACUGUACUCGAAUGCGAUGCCUCCGGAUGGGCCGUUGGCGCCGUCCUCUCAGCGAGACGAAAGGGUAGACUGCGACCAGUCGGCUAUUUUUCACGCAAAUUCUCCGCUGCGGAGGUGAACUACGACAUUCACGACAAAGAACUUCUCGCCAUCGUCGCGGCAAUGGAGCACUUCUCAGGCGAGUUACGCAGCGUUGACAAAUUCAUAGUCGUCUCAGACCACAAGAACCUGCAAUACUUCAUGACCAACCGCCGCCUCUCCGAACGCCAGGUCCGCCUAGCGGAAACACUCUCUCGGUACACGUUCAAGAUCGUUUUUCGCGCUGGGAAGGACAAUACACAGCCGGACUUCCUCUCUCGCCGCGCCCAAGACCUGCCCGCUAACGGCGACGACGAGCGCCUUAAAAACCGCGAAUUCCAGCUGCUUAAAGAUCAUUGGCUACCUCCACGCACCGUCAAGCAUCACCAAGGCGACUACAUUCUUAACCAACUCGUCAGCGCGUUGCUCUGGGACCGCGGCCUGAUCGAAGACGGCGAGUACCGCAACAUACACGCCUCUGUUGUCCAAGGCAACGCCACCUUCCCUUCGGAAUACAACCUUUCUGUCCAGGUACCUGACUGCGAAAUCGACGACCGCGGAGCAUUGCUCCGGCGCGGCGCUUUAUGGACACACGACUCUCACAUUACGGGUCACCCUGGGCGCGACGUUACGCUCAACAUUCUUCAACGGAGCUACUUUUGGCCCCAGCAAUACCUUAUGUGCCACUACAGAUUCCACGGCUUUCCAAAGACGAUGACAUCUGACAGAGGCAGCAACUGGGUUAGCAAAUUCUGGCAACGGCUUUGUGAACUCGUGCGCAUUGAGCAACGUCUAUCCACGGCAUACCACCCUCAGACCGAUGGCGCUACCGAACGGAUGAAUCAAGAGGUCCUUGUUUACUUACGAAUCUUCGUCGCCUACGCCCAGACCGACUGGGCAGGUCUUCUGCCAAUGGCCAUGCUCGCGAUCAACAACCGCGAUUCCUCUGUCACGGGUUACAGCCCCUUUUUCCUCACUCACGGGUACCACGCCGAGCCUAUCCAACAAAACCAAAUCUCAUCUCGCUCCAAAACCGACCCCAAGGCCCGUGCCGACCACUUCAUUGCCCGCCUACGAGAGGGUCAAGAAUUAGCCCAAGCAGCGAAAGCGACGGCACAACAAAUCAUGGAACACCAGGCGAAUAAAGGGCGGCGGCCAAGUCAAAAGUUCGUUGUCGGGGAGCGUGUCUGGCUGAAUUUGAAGAACGUUACCACCCCAACUCAAAAGAAACUCUCGUGGACACAAGCCCAGUACAAGGUCACCAGAGUCAUCGCCCCUGACGUCUACGAACUCGAUGUCCCUUCCAACAUACACCCGCGCUUCUUUGCUGACCUCCUUCGCAAAGACCCUAACGACCCUCUUCCAUCACAAGUACAAGACGACACACAACCACCACCGCUACUAGACGAACGCCACCCCAAGGGCCGAGAACUUCUCGUCAAAUGGGACGGAUAUAUCGAACCCACGUGGGAACCACGUGACAACAUCAAGCUUACGGACGCCUUCAAGAGGGUCUACGAGUAA